AUGCUCUCGCCCAGUGUUUGGUGGAGUAAACCUAAUGGCUUCAACGGCCGUCGCCGGAAAGACAAUCCUCUAAAUGAAAUGAAAAAUACUAUUAAAUCAGUUCCGACGGUUCGUUGCCACAAUGUGGAGACGGCCAUGUCCUACAGGGAAGGAUACGUAGAGUGCUCCUCGAGCUCUAUGGUUAAUAGGGUUUCUUCGGUUUCCUUAGAGGCAGAUGUGAAUUGUUCUGGACGGGGUUCAUCAUCUGGGGCCAUUACUAGUUCCACGUCAGAUGUGAAUUGUACUGGACGGGGUUCAUCAUCGGAGAAUAUUACUAGUUCCACCGCAACUAAAGUCAAAAGCUUUUAUUGCAGUCCUGAAAAUGACUUCUCGGAAGGAGGUCGGAUUCGGGAUAAGAUUAUUACUGGUCCUUUCAAAGGUAUCAGGAUGGAGGAAGAGUAUCGGGCAGUGAAUGAAGGCCAAAACCCAAUUCCACUAACCUUUGCUCUACCACCGAUUAAGCCCAACACAGUUUACUGUGCGGCGCCAUCCAAAGUAGCAAAAUCAGAUGAGAUGGUGGUACCACUCAUCCCAAAAGGUUUAACUACACUUGGUCGAAUUGGCAAAUUCUGUGAUGCUUCUCAAUCCGAAGAAUCUGACUCGCAAGAACCAGAGGAUUCCAUAUUGGGAGGCUCUGCACGUAUUCCUAAUAUUGGGUCAACCAAUAGCCAGUCGUUGGAAUUGGACUUUGUUCAAUUCAUUGGUUCUUCCACUGGUAGUUCCAAGUCGGAUGGUUCGAAUUUUGUUGCAUUUAUUGAUUCAUCUGAUGAACAAUUGAGCUCCACUCACAGUGAUGAUGAUGGAGAAAAACCAGUAUCCGAAAACUCAGUUGAGUCUUCUGUACCAAGUUUGCAGGCAGCGCCGCUGGGUUGCUUUGCUUCCCGCCGCAAACAGAUUAAUGCUGUCAAUGACAGUGAACGGUGUGUUACACCCGUAGAUCAACAGGAGAGGCUACCUAGUAACCUUCUUCCAUUUACAAACUCAGUCACUGAUGCGCGUCUUACUCCCCAAGCAAUCCGCACAUACAAUUGGCUUCGAGAAUGUAACAUUAUUUUUGGGAAGGGAUCUAACCAAAUCAAAGCACAAAGCAUGCUUAAAGACUCUGUAUUAUUUGGAAUUCAUAAUGUGACUUCAGAUAUAACGCAAGUCGAUAUUUGGACAUUUCUCAAAGCACGCCUUGAUGUUGCUCAGAUUGAAAAAGUCCGUGCAGUAUUAAAGGUGCGCCAACCCUUCAAAAGACUCAGAUAUAAUGUUUGGGUCUCCCCAGACUUGGCCACUGGUCUGGGGAAAUUAUUAGAACUGACCUAUGAAGAUAGACAGUUAUUGACGUGCACCUUGAUGUCCCGUAAGACUCAAGAUUUCUGGAUUGAGGGUCAGCCUAAGUUGGAUUGUUUCUCUGUGAAGGCCUGGCGAGUUAACCUUGCUAAGGACUGGAGGGAUGCUGUCGCACCUAGAUCACUGGCUCCAGCUCGUGCACCUCAGAAUGAUAAACGUUCACUCUUUCGAGCUUCUAGUAAAUGA